AUGGCUGCUAGACUAGACCAAGAAUCCAAAAGGGUUCAACUUCAAUACCCAACACACCCAGAUUCAUACAGAAUCUUGGAAAAGAUUGGUGGUGGUCCGAGUGCCACAGUGCACAAAGCAAUGUGUAUCCACAGCAACUGGAACUCAACUUUGGUUGCAAUCAAAAUCAUUGAUCUUGAACAAUCUCCAGACGAUUUUGAUAGUCUCAGACGUGAAAGCAUGACCAAGUCACUUCAUUCACACCCUAACGUUCUUGCAUCCCAUUGUUCUUUCGUUGUUGAUCACUAUGUUUGGCUGGUUAUGCCUUACAUGGCUGCUGAUUCUCUCCAAUCCAUAAUCUCUUCUUACUUCCCUGAUGGCCUACCAGAGCAGUACAUUGCUAUAAUUCUCAAAGAAGCCCUAAAGGGUUUGCUUUAUCUUCAUGAUCAAGGCUAUUUACACACAGAUAUCAAGGCAGACAACAUUCUUAUAGACACAGUUGAUAAUGCAGCAUAA